UUUCUGUUCUCUUAGCGCUAUCCUAGGCUUCCCAGUUGAGCUCUCCGAGAAGAUAAAACUCAAAGGGCUGCGUGUAUGUUUCAAACAGACAGAGGGAGACAGGAGUACACGCAGUCGGCGGAAGACGGGGCCACUGCCCCGCCACGGCCCGGCCACGGCUGAAUGCGGGAGCCGGCGUGACCUUUCCACGUGUCUCCGACACCUGCGAGGCUAGCGGGGCACCGGGUUUCCUUUUCCCGGGAGCCGGCGCGAGCCCGGAAGAGGCUGGGCGUCUGGGGGCUUAGGUGGGGGGCCGGGAGGCCCUCCUUCGGAACACGUGCGGCCAGCGCGCAGCUGGUGCGAGGGCUGACCUGGCCUUCCCGCCCCGGCUGGGCCCGCGAGUCCCUGGCCCGCCGGCAGGCGCCGGGAGGCGGGCCGCGGCGGUGGCGGCGGGCGGGUCCCGGAGCUUUCGGCCAGCUCUUUAGGGCGGCCUAGCGAGCGCACCAGGCCCGGCUGGAGCGAGCCCCAGUGCAGUACUGCCCGAGCCCGGGCGGGGUCUCUGUUCUCUGGCAGAGGAGGUCCCUUGGCAGCGGGAAGCUCCCUCUCUUUCUCUCGCCGCCGCUCGGAGUCUGCGCCCUGCUGCCAGGCGCCCAGCUCGGCGCUCCCCUGUGCUCGCCCGGCGCCCACUCAUUCGCAGCCCGGCCUUCGUCGCCGCCGCCUCCCUGCUGCUCCUCCUCCUCCUCCUCCUCCUCCUCCUCCUCCUCCUCCUCCUCCUCCUCCACCUCCUCCUCCUCCUCCUUCUUUCCCCAGCCCGCCGCGGCCAUGGCGGACAGCGCCAGCGAGAGCGACACGGACGGGGCGGGGGGCAACAGCAGCAGCUCGGCCGCCAUGCAGUCGUCCUGCUCAUCGACCUCGGGCGGCGGCGGUGGCGGUGGCGGCGGGGGAGGCGGCGGCGGUGGGAAGUCGGGGGGCAUUGUCAUCUCGCCGUUCCGCCUGGAGGAGCUCACCAACCGCCUGGCCUCGCUGCAGCAGGAGAACAAGGUGCUGAAGAUCGAGCUGGAGACCUACAAACUCAAGUGCAAGGCGCUGCAGGAGGAAAACCGCGACCUGCGCAAAGCCAGCGUGACCAUCCAAGCCAGGGCUGAGCAAGAAGAAGAAUUCAUCAGUAACACUUUAUUCAAGAAAAUUCAGGCUUUGCAGAAGGAGAAAGAAACCCUUGCUGUAAAUUAUGAGAAGGAAGAAGAGUUCCUCACUAAUGAGCUCUCCAGAAAGUUGAUGCAGUUGCAGCAUGAGAAAGCCGAACUAGAACAGCAUCUCGAACAAGAGCAGGAAUUCCAGGUCAACAAACUGAUGAAGAAAAUUAAAAAACUGGAGAAUGAUACCAUUUCGAAGCAGCUUACAUUAGAGCAGUUGAGACGAGAGAAGAUCGACCUUGAAAAUACUUUGGAACAAGAACAAGAAGCACUAGUUAAUCGUCUCUGGAAAAGGAUGGACAAACUUGAAGCGGAAAAGCGAAUCCUGCAGGAGAAAUUAGACCAGCCGGUCUCUGCACCCCCGUCGCCUAGAGACAUCUCCAUGGAGAUAGACUCUCCAGAAAACAUGAUGCGCCACAUCAGGUUUUUAAAGAAUGAAGUGGAGAGGCUGAAGAAGCAGCUGAGAGCCGCUCAGUUACAGCAUUCCGAGAAGAUGGCGCAGUAUCUGGAGGAGGAGCGCCACAUGCGGGAAGAGAACUUACGGCUGCAGAGGAAGCUGCAGAGGGAAAUGGAGAGAAGGGAAGCCCUCUGUCGGCAGCUCUCUGAGAGCGAGUCCAGCCUGGAAAUGGAUGAUGAAAGGUAUUUCAAUGAGAUGUCUGCACAAGGAUUAAGACCUCGCACUGUGUCAAGCCCGAUCCCUUACACACCUUCUCCAAGUUCCAGCAGGCCUAUAUCACCCGCCAGCCUAAGUGAGAAGAACAUGUGUGUCUUAUUUUAAGCUCGAUAAUAUCAUCGAAGUUGAUUUUAUCUCGUACUUGGCAGCAGAAUUACUCCUAAUCUAGUCCCUUGCUGUCCCAUACGUAGUUCAUCAGCAGAACGUGAAUUUUCAAGUUUGCUUUUCAAUUUAGUUUUUAUUGGAAGAAGUUGUGGUUCUUUGUAUUAAGAAUCUGUAAUCACUUUCUUAGUAGAAUUAUAUUAUUCAUAAAAAUAGUUUCCAUUUCCAUGCUAAGCAUUUUGGCUCGUUUCUUCCUUUACCAUUUCUGAUUAACAUUGGCAAUCUCGGGUUUCAUCAAGCUGUUGAAAUGUUUUAAGUUCUCUUUCAGUUUGACUGAAAAGUGUAUUUCCUAGAAUUUAUGAAAGAUCCUUUUAAUAAUAUGUGGUGUUACAUAUGUGGAUUAUAUAUGAGCAAAGUAUUGUCAACAGUUAUCUUUCAGGUUGUCCAUUAUUUGAUGCAGCCUGACAAAAGACACUCCCAAUUAGCAUAUUUUGAUGUGCCUAAAUCAGAGAUGGGGACUAAGGAAGUUUGAAAAAGGGUCUACACCCCAGUAGCAACAAGCAUACUCACUGCUCAGAUCUUGGUUUUUAAUUCCAUUCUCCAAUGAAAAGAACUGGAUGUUUCUAGGGCUUAGAGAAGGGGAUAUACAGGAUGAACCUGAAAAAUCUGAUAAUGCUGCCAAGUAAGGAGGUGCUCAAGAAACAAGAUGAAAGUAUGUGAAAGAGACGCAGGAGCCAACCAAAAGAGCUCCCUGAGGCCAAAGCUGGAACCGUUGGAGCAACACAAGAAAUAAUGUCAUGCUGGGUUAUAACCCAAACAUAAAACAAACAUCCAUGAGUUCAUACUAAUAUAAAUAAGUGACUGAAUAAGUAAAUAAGGGAGAAGAGACAAAUCUCCCAUACAGAAGAAUUCCAAAUAAUUUUUGGAUACUCUAUUGUCAAGGCAGUGGAAAUAACUCUUCAUUCUUUUAAGCGUGGGCUGCACAUAAGGUCUUCCUUCCAAAGAAUAAGUAUGGAAAGGGGAAAAAAAGAGUAACAUUACCAUGGAGGAACCUGAUAUAUGUGACCUCAGCUAGGCCAUCGGGGUCCACAUCGACAAUGGGGAGCCUUGUCAGGAGUGUGUAUCCUUGAUGUGAAAAUGGCAUUUCACCUCUGUGGUCUUACUCUGUAAACACCCGUAACCCCAGCUGAGCCAUGUGGAAAACAUCAGACACAUCCUGAUUGAAGGAUAGUUUGUCUAUAAAAUACCUCAUCAGUAUACCCCAAAUCUAACAAGCUCCUCAAAAACAGGGAAAAUUGAGGAACAGUCUCAGCCAAGAGGCGCCUAAGGAGAUGUGGCAAUUAAAUAUAAAGUGUCAUCCUAAAUGGGGUCCUGGAACAAAAAAAAGGACAUUAGGUAAAACCUCAGGAAGUCCAGAAAAGUAUGGACCUGAGCUAAUAAUAAUAAUAAUAAUAAUAAUAAUAAUAUUAAUAAUUACUAAUGUAUCAGUAAUAGUUUACUAGUUGUGAAAAAUGUGUCAUAUUGGCAUAAGAUGUUAAUAGGGAAAUCAGAAUGUGGUCUAUAUAGGAAUUCUCUGUACUGUUUUUGCCACUUUUCUGUAAACCUAAAACUAUUCUAAAAUUAGAAGCUUACUUAAAGUUUUUUUAAUGUUUAUGUUAUUUUUGAGAGACAGAGCACGAGUGGGGGAGGGGCAGAGAGAGGGAGACAUAGAAUCCAAAGCAGGCUCCAGGCUCUGAGCUGUCAGCACAGAGCCUGAUGCGGGGCUCGAACUCACAAGCCGUGAGAUCACGCCCUAAGCCGAAGUUGGAUGCCCAACCGACUGACCAACCCAGGUGCCGCAUUUACUUACUUAUUUUAAAUGUUUGUUUAUUUUGAGAGGGAGAAAGAGUGUGUGAGUGGGAGAGGGGUAGAGGGAGUGAGAGAGACAAUCUUAUGCAGGCUCUACCCUGUCAGUGCAGAGCCCAACAUGGGGCUCAAUCUCAGCAACUGUGAGAUCAUGACCUGAACUGAAAUCAAAAGUUAGGCACUUAACUGACCUAAGCCACCCAAAUGCCCCUAAAAGUUAAUUAAAAAACAAAACAAACAACUGCAGAAAUAGAUGAGAUCUCACCUAGUCAUAAUAGAUAAAAGGAGCAGAGAAACACCCUCCUGUCUGAUCCUGAAGCAACUGCAAUAUUUAGAGGUCAAGUUCAGGAGGAAAAACUGGCAAAGGAGAUUGGGAAGUGGCUACCAGGGGAGUGGAAGGAAAAAAUAGGAAUACGAUCUCACAGAGUCUUUCAACAAGAAGAGAGUGGUCAGCUUCAUCAGAUGUUCUCCAAGGUCAAGUAAAAUGAGGAGUGGAGAAUGGUUAUUGCAGCUGGCAGAGCAGAAACACUGCUGACAUUGCAGGAGCAGUCUUGAUGGAGGGAUGGAGACAGAGCCACAUUAGGGAGAUUUAAAGAGGAAAUCCUGUCUAUAUUGUCUGUGUUUUUGCAAAGACAAUGUUUUUAUGUGUGAUUUGUAGAACUAAAAUCUCUUAAAAUUGUAAUUUAAAAUAAUCUUAAAAGGAAGAAAAGGUGUAUCUGCCUUUAGUCCAGUUUUACAUUUCUUUUUUCAUUAGCAAAAAGAUACUAAAGAAAAUUUGGGGACAAUCGGAAGGAUAUAAGCAGAAAUAAAGUCCCUCUUUCCAGAGUCCAGAAUCCCUCUAUCCAAAGGUGGAGUUAAUAUUUUAGUGUUUCCAAGUGUGUCCUUUCCCUACCCCCUCCUCUUACAGUGUUCCUUUGGAGAGGUGGUUUCAUACAGAUUAUAUAUAUUUUGUGUUUGCCUCAUUUUGCUUAGUAGUUUUUCUCAUGAACUGCUUUUAAUUAAUCAUCUUUUAAUUUUGCAGCCUUGAGCUUGUGGACAGUGAAAUAAGUCUUAACAUUUUUACUUUUUAGUUAAUGCAUUUCUAUGAGAGCCAGAGAAAUUUAUCGUAGCAAUAACUUUGAAAAGCCAUAGUAUUCGAUUUAGUAGACUGGUAUUUGGGGGUUGGCAUUUUCAACCUAGGUAUUUGUGUUCUCAUCCUGUAUUUUUUCUUUUGUUUUUUAUUUUUUUGUUUUUUUGUGCAAGCAUGGGAGAAGGACAGAGAGAAAGAAAAAAUCCCAAGCAAACUCCAUGCUUAGCACGGAGCCUGACAGGGGGCUCAGACCUAAGGCAAAAUCAAGAGUCAGAUGCCCAACCGACUGAGCCACCCAGGCACGCCAUCUCCUCCUGUGCUGUGUUCACACACGGGUCAGAUGCAAGAUGAUUAGAACUUAAGGGAAAACAAAAAGUACUAAGACCUGGUCUCUGGCCUCUAAGAGCUUAUCAUCAACAAACAAUAGGGCCUGGGGAAGGGGGUGAAAUACGAUAAACAAAUUCUUUGCAAGAAACUUUAUAAGGCCAAGCAUAAUGAAUUUAUGUAAAAAUUGAGUAGUUGAACAGUGGUACAUCUACUCUGUGGAAUACUUACUACUCAGCAGUAAAAAGGAACCAACCUGAUAACGUGUGAGAACUUGGAUGGAGCAUGGGGAGUGUUAUGAUGGAUGAAAAAAGCCAUUCUCAAAGGGUUAUAUGCUGUACGAUUUCAUUUCUAGAACAUUCUCAAAAUGACACCAUUACUGUGAUGGGGGAACAGACCAGUCAUUGCCAGGGUGUAGGAUGAGGGGGAGGGUGUGACCAGGGAAAGGAUGGGCAUGACUGGCUUUCUUUGUGAUGUUGGAGCAGUUUUGCAUCUGGUUGUGGUGAGUUACUUGGAUCUACACAUGUGAUAAAAUUACUUUGAGUUGUGUACACACAUGCACACAGGAAGAGUACAAUAAAAACUGAUGAAAUCCAA